GUGAAGGGGAAGCAGGGUGUCUGGACACCGAUGAGUGAGCUGCGAUGGAUAACAAAGACUCAGAAGCUGAGAUCCACCCUCUGAAGACUGAGGAUGUAAAAGUUCAAGAGAACCAUGAAAACUCUGUGGAGAGAAGAAUUAUCAGCAAGCAGUCAUCGCGACUGUCUCGGCUGUCCCGCUGGCGCACUGCCGCCUUCUUCAUCUCGUUAUUUCUGUGUCUGAUCAUUGUGUUUGCUUUCUCCUUUAUCAUUCCUUGCCCAGAGAGGCCAGUUUCGGAAAGAACAUGGUUCCGAAACUAUGAAGAUGCAGUGGCCUACCAGUUUCUCGCUAUAGAAGAUGUGAACGACGACAAGGUGCAAGAUGUCAUCUUUGCUCUCAGAGCCGGCAACGGCAGCAGCAGCUUCAACAGAUCCUGUUUGGAUGAAGGGCUGCCCUCUCCUUGCGCCUUCCUCGCUGCUGUGUCGGGCACGAACGGCCGAGCGCUCUGGGAGAGGCCCACCGCUGAGGAGGUGGAGUGGAUGGAGUGUGGCAUCGCGCAGCUCGGCGCGGCGGAGGCCCCGGGCUGCCUGGUCGUGGGGAAGCCGGUGGCUCUGACAGCAGUGGACCUGCGGACGGGGGAGGUUCAGUGGAGACAGUCCAGUGACUUUGGAGCUAAUUAUACUGUGCUGACGCCCGUGUCAGUGAUUCCAGAUGUGGACAGUGAUGGAGUUCAGGACCUGAUCAUCUUCAUUGCUACAGGAGAUGAG